UUCCCUCGGCACCGGGCGUUUCCACGGUACCAGGAGCUCCCUCAACGCCAGGCGUCCCCUCGGUGCCUGGUAUUCCCUCGAUACCAGGCAUUCCGUCUACGCCAGGCACUCCAUCGGUACCAGGUGUUCCUUCGAUGGCCGGCAUUCCGUCGACACAAGGCCUUCCCUCGGUACCAGGAGUUCCCUCUACACCGGGCGUUGCCUCCACACCGGGCGUUCCUUCGAGACCGGGCGUUCACUCGACAACAGGUGUUCUCUCGAGACCAGGCGUUCCCUCGACACGAGGAGUUCCCUCGGCACCGGGCGUUUCCUCGGUACCAGGAGCUUCCUUAACGCCAGGCGUCCCCUCGGUGCCUGGUAUUCCCUCGAUACCAGGCAUUCCGUCUACGCCAGGCACUCCAUCGGUACCAGGUGUUCCUUCGAUGCCCGGCAUUCCAUCGACACAAGGCCUUCCCUCGGUACCAGGAGUUCCCUCUACACCGGGCGUUCCUUCGAGACCGGGCGUUCACUCGACACCAGGUGUUCUUUCGAGACCAGGCGUUCCAUCGACACGAGGAGUUCCCUCGGCACCGGGCGUUUCCACGGUACCAGGAGCUCCCUCAACGCCAGGCGUCCCCUCGGUGCCUGGUAUUCCCUCGAUACCAGGCAUUCCGUCUACGCCAGGCACUCCAUCAGUACCAGGUGUUCCUUCGAUGGCCGGCAUUCCGUCGACACAAGGCCUUCCCUCGGUACCAGGAGUUCCCUCUACACCGGGCGUUCCCUCCACACCGGGCGUUCCUUCGAGACCGGGCGUUCACUCGACACCAGGUGUUCUCUCGAGACCAGGCGUUCCCUCGACACGAGGAGUUCCCUCGGCACCGGGCGUUUCCUCGGUACCAGGAGCUCCCUCAACGCCAGGCGUCCCCUCGGUGCCUGGUAUUCCCUCGAUACCAGGCAUUCCGUCUACGCCAGGCACUCCAUCGGUACCAGGUGUUCCUUCGAUGGCCGGCAUUCCGUCGACACAAGGCCUUCCCUCGGUACCAGGAGUUCCCUCUACACCGGGCGUUCCCUCCACACCGGGCGUUCCUUCGAGACCGGGCGUUCACUCGACACCAGGUGUUCUCUCGAGACCAGGUACUACUGGAAGUACGACAACAACCACAACUACGACAACUACUACGACAACGACAACGACGACUACAACAAGUACAACCACAACGACAACCACGACUACUACGACUACGACCACAACGACUACCACAACGACUACGACUACGACCACAACGACCACCACGACGACUACAUCUACGACCACAACGACCACCACGACGACUACGACUACGACCACAACAACCACCACGACGACUACGACCACAACAUCUACGACCACAACAACUACGACGACAACAACUACGACCACAACGACAACCACGACUACGACAACUACGACCACAACACCCAUCCCUACUGCACCAAAACCCGUGAGGACCCUCGACAACGCAUUCUACUGCACCGCAUCCGUUGGUACCGUUACAAUGGCGCUGCCACCAGAUGGUGUUUGCGACUAUAUGUUUUUCGACUCACUCUACACGACCAAUAAUACAUUCACCUUCGUCGACACGACACCGAGCGAUGACCUAGAGGUGUAUCUCAAGGCAGCCAACUCAUCACAGAAGACAGAGCAUGGCGUCGGCAUCAAUUUCAGGUUUGUCGCAAGCGCUGGGAACCACUUAACAACACGUCAGGAUGAUACAAAGAAGUUCCUCAGAGCACUCCUGGCUCACAGGAUCGUCGGAUUAGGAAUCCUAAGCAUAAACAAGCUCCAGUUCUCGGUCGGAGCCUUCGAACAGGCGAUCCAACUACUUGCGAACCUGAAAUCAUUUAUUUUGAGAGAGCUGAACAAUAAUAAUAUAUUUACUGUGGUCGGAAUCUACAUUAGCGGAUUCGAAACAGGAGACCCGAUGAGAAACAUAUUUAGCUCUGCAGGAGCGCCCGACGUCGUCAUCGGCCUAGGACACAUUGCCUAUCCAACCAACAACAUGACAAACUGCGAAAUGGUACCUCAUAGUGUUUUCAGUAAUGACACCAAGGCACAGCAGCUACGAACAAAAUACGGCAGUCUCUAUUCACUGUACGUAAAAAUAGCUGAUAUGUCGCUCAUGAUGCGAUAUUUUCCUGGGAUGGCUUGGGCAAUUGCCUCAACGCUAACGGCAAGACAAUACCAGCCUACAGGCAAAUACGAUGUAUACAAGCCUUGCCAAACCAUGGGAGCCAACGAACAAUAUGCUUCGCCUGUCACGGCUUGUGAAGGUCUCAGCCUAACAGACGUCAUCAACGCUAUCCCUUACGAACAGUUAGGCAGCAAGGAUGGUGUGCAGAUUGUCAACCUCAACAAGAAGCGGCUCUUUCUAUUUGACGAUGCAGCCAGCCUUGCUACAAAGUAUUGUGCCGGCUUGUUCAUCGUUAGAAAGAAUAACCUUGGGAAAUUCGGCCUCGCUGCCUAUGACGUCAACUACGACCAAGGCGUGAGCACCGUUCUCUUGUGUAAUUCGACCAUCAACAAAAUCGGGAACUUUGCUCGAGUAAACUUUAUGAGAAAAAUGACGGAUGUCUUCCGAGACCCUAACAUCGGCACCCUGGAACCCAAAAAGUGCUUGGACGCCCUUCCAAAGUAAGGUCGCCACGCCGACUGGCCAAUGCACCACGCUUUCGCCACCUGUGCUGCCGAGUGGAACAUGAUAUUUUGUUUGACGCUCCUUGGUAUCAUAUUGAACUGUUAUUGGGACGUCCGACCCAGAAUGCGGCUCGUUGCGUGUACUCAUGGGGCAGUCCGGACUCACUUCCGGCUCGGAUUUCAGUGAUUACGCAAUGGGACAGACAUUUGAAAUCGCCUUUUAUUUAUUUUGUUCUCGUUUUGUUAACGCUUGCAGGACUUAUUGGCGGAACGUAUUUUCACGUAUACGUUCUUUUUUUGCAUGCGUUGUCUGCGGCAUUUGCGACGCACUUUGGUGUACGUGUCGCGUAUCCGUUUCUUUUAUGCCAGAUUUAUCGCUGGUUUGUUGUAUCUGAUAGAACUACAAUUUUGUUUCUUAAGUAACCUGUUACACCAACCACUUAUAGGUUGAUGUGAAGUUGUUUUGCAAAUGGCCUUUGGCUUACGCAGAAUUUUACUUAUUCUAUCACGUU